CGUGCCUGAAAACGUGACGUGAACGCAACAGCAGCCACAGCAACACCGAGAAGUCAAACACGGACGAAGCGCUUCCAGUCAGUUACUGGAGUUUUAUUACUUUUCAUGUAAAACUUCUGUCCGUCUGUAAACUAAACUACAAUGUCAACCCCUCGUACUGUAAUAUGUUUACUGAGAAACGACCUGCGGCUUCACGACAAUGAGCUUUUCCACUGGGCUCAGAGAAAUGCCGAACACAUAGUCCCUCUGUACUGCUUCGACCCCAGACACUAUGUGGGUACGUACAACUUCAACCUGCCAAAGACGGGACCUUUCCGUCUGCGCUUCUUACUGGAGAGCGUCCAAGACCUCAGAAACAUGCUGCUCAGCAAGGGCAGCAAUCUGGUGGUGAGGAAGGGUAAGCCGGAGGAGGUGGUCGCUGACCUCAUCAAGCAGCUCGGCUCCGUUAGCAGCGUGGCUUUCCAUGAAGAGGUCGCUUCUGAAGAGCUGAACGUGGAGAAAAAGGUGAAGGAAGUCUGUGCUCAGCUGAAGGUGAAAGUUCACACCUGCUGGGGCUCCACGCUGUUCCACAGGGAAGACCUGCCAUUCCACCACAUGUCCAGGCUGCCUGAUGUGUACACUGAGUUCAGAAAGGCGGUGGAGAGCCAGAGCAGGGUGAGGCCUGUGCUGCAAACCCCCGAGAGGCUGAACCCCCUUCCCCCGGGGCUGGAAGAAGGAGCCAUUCCCACAGCGGAGGACCUGCAGCAGCCUGAGCCUGUGACUGACCCUCGCUCAGCUUUCCCUUGCACCGGUGGAGAAAGUAGCGCCCUUGCAAGACUCAAACGCUAUUUCUGGGACACCGAUGCUGUGGCGACUUACAAAGAAACUCGUAACGGCUUGAUCGGGGUGGAUUACUCAACAAAAUUUUCACCUUGGCUGGCUUUGGGAUGCAUUUCUCCGAGGUACAUUUACCAUCAGAUCAAAAAGUACGAGAGGGAGCGGACAGCGAAUCAGAGCACCUACUGGGUCAUUUUUGAGCUCUUGUGGAGGGACUACUUCAAGUUUGUGGGCAUUAAGUACGGAAACAAAAUAUUUCAGGUCAAAGGUCUUCAAGGAAAGUCUGUUCCAUGGAAGAUGGACACGAAGCUGUUUGAUGCAUGGAAAGAGGGCCGUACAGGGGUGCCCUUCGUGGACGCUAACAUGAGAGAGCUGGCGCUGACAGGCUUCAUGUCCAACAGGGGGCGGCAAAACGUUGCAAGUUUCCUCACAAAGGAUCUGGGCCUUGACUGGAGACUUGGAGCUGAGUGGUUUGAAUAUCUGCUGAUUGAUCAUGAUGUCUGCAGCAAUUAUGGGAACUGGCUGUACAGCGCUGGCAUAGGAAAUGACCCCAGAGAAAACAGGAAGUUCAACAUGAUCAAACAAGCUCUCGACUAUGACAACAAUGGGGAGUACGUGCGUCGGUGGGUUCCAGAGUUGGGCGCCAUAAGAGGGGCAGACGUUCACACACCCUGGAACCUGAGCUCUGCCGCACUGUCGCACGCUGGCGUGUCGCUCGGUGAGACUUACCCAAACCCCAUUGUCACGGCGCCCGAAUGGAGUCGACACUUAAGCAAGAAACCGGGCGGUGCAGGACCAUCACCAAGAGGAAAAAAAGGCCCGUCUCACACCCCCAAGCAGCAUCGAGAUAAAGGCAUCGACUUCUAUUUCUCCAGAAGUAAAAACCUGUGAAAUGUCUUACUGCAGAGGAUGGAUGGUCUUUCAAUCUAAAGACUGAGUCCAGCUGCAAAUUCGGAGUUACAUCUGCUGUAAAUGUUUACACAAUUACAUAGGGAAGUUGUCUGAAGAGAAUGUUGGUUUGUUUGCUACUGAAAGCUGAACUGAUACCAUCAUGCCUCACAAAAGCAUUCACACCCCUCAAACUUUUUCACAUCAAUGUAUUUUAUUGUUUAUGUUGACAAACUAACACAAAAUUUGCUUAAAAUUGGACAUAUGAAAAAUGUGGUAGUUGCAGUUGAAGUUACAGUACAAUAUAAUUCUACAAAGUAUCUCAUGAAUGAAAAUGCAUGCCAUGCUUCUAAGAAUUGUGUCAGCCCACCACAUAAAAUACAUUUUUGCUUGUCAUGUGACAGAGUGAAAUAGUUCAGGGCGUAAAUACUUUUGCAAGACACUUCAUGUGCCUCAUAUACUCUUUUCACUGGGUCUCACAGCUGCACUUCCUGUUCUGCAGAUGCGGCAGCUGAACCACUGAGAACUGUUCUCAUUUUUAUUUUUCAUCCAUCUUGUCGCCAUGACUGUUACAACCAGAAGGACAAUACGGGUUAUUUUAUCUACUUAAUUUUGGUGCUGCAAUGUCUUUGUUUGAAUAAAUCUGGAUAAUAAAGUUGGUUUUUCAAAACUCCA